UUUGGGGAAGAAAAAUAACUUAUUUUCUUCGUUAUAGGUUUCCACCUUGAGAGGAAUUGUAUCCAAGGAUUCUUAUCCACGUGUGGACCUGUUAUGUGCACAUAACAAGAUCCUGGACUUUGAGCCAGUGAAAUGAUAUAAUGAGAAGAGGCUUUCGGGAGAACAAUGUAAAUUGUGGUCAGAGUGGCAAAAAAAGCAAGUGAUACUGAAAAAAACCUGGCUUCAUUUUUCAGUAUUAAUUAGGAGUCCAGUAUUAGAAAUGCAAGAGUAAAAGGACCACAAAGGAAGUAUUUCUUAAUGAAAUUACACAAGAGGCUCUUCCUCAACUCUAUCUCAGUGCAAAAUUGGCAACCUAACUAUACAGCUAUUCAUUAACUUUAGAUAUACUGCUGAGGGUGUGGUUCUGAGAAAAGGAACUGAAAGUCUUCAGCAUAUCUCCCAGUUCUGGAUGGUAAGCUCUUCAGAGCAGUCCCACAUAUCUGAGCACCUGUUUUUGAAGAAAGUUGGUGAGAAAGGCUCUAAGGACUCUGUGUCCCAUUAGGGUUUACAAGAGAUAAACACACCUGCUCAUUUACCAGUGUUUCUGACUUCCCACUGAACUGAAAAUUGCUUGUUUGGUGGAAAAACAAAACUUGGCAGCAAAUCUCUAAAAUGAAGACACCCAAAACCUUUGAGGAGCAAACAGAAUGCAUCAUGGACUUUCUACUCAGAGACUUAUUAGGCGCACCUUCAAAGGUGACUAACCGGGACCUAUGUGGUGAAUGUGAACUUGAAACAGAUUCAGGAGAGGCUUGCUCUUUUGACGUGGCCAUCAUUGCUGGUCGCCUUCGGAUGUUGGGGGACGAGUUCAACGGAGAACUGGAAGCUUCUGCCAGAAGUGUCAUUGCAGAAACCGUUCGGGGACAGGUAGGAGCUGUCCUUCAGAACACAGUAAAAUCUCUCAGCAAGGCCUGGUGUGCUCAGAAUUCCAGCUUAGCUUAUGAGAGAGCCUUUUUGGCAGUUUCAGUGAAACUGCUUGAAUGUGUGAUCCGCCUAGCUCCAGAAAUGGCAAGACAGGUGGCGACCCCCAUGACAGACAUGAUCAAUGGGAAUGGCGCCAUCCGGGAGUUCAUCCAGGGCCAGGGAGGUUGGGAAAAUCUGGAGAGCUGAAGAAGAGGCAGAGCUCUUUACCAGCCUGAACAUCUCUUCCUCUUUGACUAAUCAGGUGACUGAUUUCUGGCAAUUAAAACAGAAACAACCAAAUCAAAAAUCACUUUCUUUUGGACACAACUGAACUUAGUUAGAUAAUUUAUUUCCUAUCAAUAAAGUUGGGAGGAGCUUCGAGAGGUCCACAGAGAUUUUGUA